AUGUCAAUGCUUAAACUGAAGCCUUUCGAUCCAGAGGAACUGAACAAAUGCAAAACAAUCGAAGAGCGUUUCGUUUGUUCAAUUUGUAUUGAUAUUUUUGGUAAUAUUGAGUUACUGAAAACUCAUUAUAUCACAAAACAUGGAUAUGUUGAGAAGGAUAAAGAGCAGAAAUCAUUAGCACCACCAUUGCCGAAUAUACUUUUUGAAAGUAGCUACUCGACUGAUGAACAUAACGAUGAUACAGAAAAGGAUUACUUUGAAGAAUCUCCUCCAAAAGAAAUACCUAAGAAACAGAGCUAUUUUUCACCAAAAAUUUGCAGUAUUUGUGAUAUGAAAUUUAAGAAUCAGAAGACGCUAUCAAAACAUGUUAAACAUGUCCAUCACAAACUAAAGUCACUGAUUUGUCAAGUGUGCAACAAACAGUUUACAAGGAAAUCGACACUGGAUAUCCAUACACGAACUCAUUUGUCACAUCUAUCUGAUGAAAGUGCUAAAAUCCUGUCUUGUGACGUCUGUUCAUUCAAAUGCUCUGAUCCAAGUGUUAUUAAUAAGCAUAAGAAACUUCAUCAGACAUCAACAGAAGGAAAAUACAAGUGCCUUGACAAGAAUUGUAAUUAUUUUGCUAUCCAAUCUACUGGAUUAAAGAAUCAUAUGCUGUAUAAACAUCCAGAGCUGUAUUCAACUAUGAAAUGCACACUGUGCGAUUUUGUAUCAGUAAAUCCAGAUCGCCUUAAACAACAUUUAUUGAAUCAUGAGAAAGGAUUGCUGGAUAAAGAAGAGGAAACUCAGAAAAUUGUUAAUAUUCCUAAAAACUCAAUGAAUAAUAGUAUGGAGAUAUCAUCCGACUGCUUCCUUCCAAUAGAAAGUACUGAUUCCAUUCAUAAUCAUGAUCAAGGUGGUGUGACAAUUAUCCACAAUAAUAGUUCGUCAACAAACAUGCACAAUGAAGAUGCAGUGUUUUAA